ACACCACUGUUCAGUAAAACCACACCUCAAUCGAAAUCUGAGGCUGUGGUCAAUCCGUUAUCAACACUAUCAGUGUAUUAUUUUCCUGAUAUCUUGUGGACAGUUUUACUUUUGUUGAGUUCAGGACUGUAGCAGUGUCAAUUAUAUGUUUUACUCUCAGUUUGGAAAGCAAACCGUUUGAUUCUGCGCAAUACCAAGAUAAGGUUAUCUUCUUAGUCCCAAGCUAAGAUGUGCUUCUUGGAGGUUAGAACUAGUGUUUCUAUAACAAGUGUUGAUUUGCCCUCUUCACCUUUCACAGUUUAGUUGGAAUUGCGAUGGGGGACCAGCGAGUAGAGAGGAGGCUUGUCUACUCUCGGCCCCAGUGGGCGAGUUUUCAAGCAAAUGGGGGGGUACCUCGCUCGCCCCCACCCCCAGCCUCUCCGCCCCCUCACUCGCCGCCACCCAGUGCCAACCAACGACCAGUCCUCAACCCUGUAGAAGUCUGCGACCUCAUCUGUAAGGUUAUGUUGCUCGGAGAUUCGGGAGUUGGCAAGACCUGUCUGUUGGUACGGUUCAGAGAUAACCUGUUUCUCUCUGGAAACUUCAUCUCCACUGUGGGAAUAGACUUUAGGAACAAGGUGGUAGCGGUGGAUGAGACCAAGGUGAAGCUCCAGAUAUGGGACACAGCCGGACAAGAAAGGUUCCGUAGUGUAACCCACGCUUACUACCGUGAUGCCCAUGCACUGCUGCUGCUGUAUGACGUAACCAACAAGACCAGUUUUGACAACAUCAGAGCCUGGCUGGGUGAGAUCAGGGAGUACGCUCAGGACGAUGUUGUUAUCAUGCUGUUGGGUAACAAAGCAGACUGUCACAGUUCGGAACGGAUGAUAAGACGAGAGGAUGGUGAGAGGUUGGCUAAGGAAUACAAUGUAACAUUCAUGGAGACCUCAGCCAAGACAGGACUAAACGUAGAACUGGCGUUCAUGGCUAUAGCAAGGGAGCUGAAAGUUCGCAAGUGCGGAAACCCCGAUAACACAGUUUUCAACGUUCAAGAAUACGUUCGUGAACAGACACAGAGGGGGAGUUGUCCUCCUUGCAAUACAUAGAGUAACAAUAGAGACAUAGAGCAAAAACUUUCCUCAAGGUUAUCGGGAACACAGAGCCGGAGACGUAUAGAGCUACACCUGUGUGCAGAGAUGCCUUCUUCUGUGGUCUGUUCAUGUAUUUGAUGUAUAUUACUAUUGUUAUUUAAAGACAAUUAUAAAAGGGUACACUUUGUAUUUGUAGCUGAUACGCUCUAAGUUUGUUAAUAGUUUACGUUAGGUCAUUUUGUUAAGUUUUAAUAUAUUUUAUAGUAAAAUGAGCUAGUUUAAAAUGGUUCGUAAAUAGUAUGUAUAUUUUUAUGAACCGAUAAUUUGGAGUAUAUUUUUAAAGAUAAUAUUUUCUGUAACGAUCAAGGGUAGUUGUGUUAGCCUAUACAGGCAGCACAUUCGGAGAGUGUACAAUGCUUUAUUAUUGUUUAUUAGGAAAGAGCUAUAAAUCGUAGAGAGAAAUGCUACAUACAUAUCAGGCCUGUGAGGAGUUCGGGAAUAUUUAGCUUACACUAUAAACAAUUGAGUAGUCUGUCAUGGCGACUGUGUGUUUAUGUCACCUGCCAGACGAGCUUCUUCUGUUACUCUUCUCCUACCUGGAACCAAUGGAUGUGUGUAUGUCCGUCGCUAACGUCUGUACUCGCUGGAGGACUCUCGCCUCUGACUCGCUGCUGUGGAAGAGUCUGGUGUUCUCUGUAGCCAAGAGUGCGAAACUCGAGAUCGUGAGUGACGCAUUACGUCAAAUGACUGAGUUACGGUACGUGAAGUUCCACUGGCGCACGGACAUCUCCGAGCUUGCAGAAGAGCUGUGCACCAAUUGUCCCCAUUUGGUCGGGAUCGAUUUGAUCUGUUGUGGUUUCAUCGAGCCAGGGUUCGUCAGACGCAUCGCACACAGCUUUCCUGAUCUCUGUGAACUGGGGAUGGGCAAGUGUUGGUCCGUUCCGAGUCAAUGCCUGGACGAUGUCGCUUUGUUGACAAACUUAACUCACCUGAACCUAUCGCACAGCUCGUUGUCCCCUGAACAAUUCACCGCCGUUUCCCUUCGUUGUAAGAAGAUCAUUUCGUUGAAUGUAGAUUAUGUCCGGGGUUUGCCGGAGGAGAAUAUAAUACGAUUUGUUGCUUUAAGGAGAAACACUUUACAGUCUCUGAGUGUCUUUGGGGAGCUGUUGUCCGACAAUAUUUUCCAACAUUUACAGUGUUGCGUGAGGCUAAAACUGCUACAUGUUUCUACUUGUAGGAGAUUUACAGAUAAAUGUUUCACCAGCAUAAACCAGUUAAAAAGUUUAAGAUCGUUGACUCUAAGGAAAUCUGUGAAUUUCUCUUCCAAAAGUUUGUACAAUUUUUAUUUUUAUUCGGAUAUUGUAAAAAGUUUGACUCACUUGUACAUAUCAGCGAAACGGUCUGUAAAUAGUGAAGAUGUCAGCGUAUGGUCAGAUGUCAA